GAGAAAAGACCAGUAAGGAACUCCUGCCUUUCCAGUGAGUACUAUACAUCUGUCUGAAGGGACGAACUAACGAGAUUGCUGAAGAAAUACCCCGUGUAACAUUAGCAGUCUGAAAUCUUUAGCUUGUAUCCAAAAGCCUGUUUUCUCAUCUGUUUCCUGCAUCACUCAUUUAGUUUUUUGACUGAAGAAAAAGAAAUCAAGAAAAGAUGGACUGGAAUGUAAGAUCAUUCCAGAAUGCUGAUGCAAAAAACAACCUACAGAGUGAAGAAGCACGUUAUACUCAGUUGCUUUCUAAUACACAUGCUUUUCCUCAGACAAAUGCCUGUUCUUCUAAAAAUGCAUGCACUUAUGCUGGAAAUAACCAGGUGGUGUAUAUGCCAACUAGCAAUGCUGCUUUCCCUUUUGUAAAUGCUGAAGGAUUCAAAACUUCAGAUCAGGCAUUACCAGGAGCAUCUGUAGCUGGCAAUGAUUUUUUUAUCUCAAAAUACUCAGUCAAUCAACAUUCACAGUCCUUUGUACCAAUAGCUCCAAAACCUCCCAAUCAGACACCACGUUUGCGGGCAGAGAUGACUCAGACUUCUUGGACAAAUUCUAAUGCCUGCAAUUAUUCCCUUAGAAGGUUACCUCCCCUGUCUUCUCAAAUGAACACUGGAAAUAACUUGAGGAAUAUACUUCGGGAACCUCAGUAUGCCAUCACAAACGGUUACAGCGUGCAGGCGCAAAUACCGCAGCAUAAUUCCAUGAGAACUACAAUGUUGUAUCAAAAUAACAUUUAUUCCCAUAAUAAUUCAAUGUCUCUUGGUACAUCUGAGCAACAUGUCCAAAACCAAAUAUAUUAUCCCAACAGUCAGUUUAAAGUUUUACACUCACUGAAUCAAAAUACUGAAGCAAAUGUACAGCUGCUAAAAUAUCGACCAAGUCAGAUGGGAUCAGAAGCUCGUAGUGGAUGUUCUGCACCAUCUUUGUUGCCUGCCAACUGUGAUUCAAGAGCUGCAGCACAGUCUUCAAUAGGUGUACCACAGGCAGUUCAAAAUGUGCCUAAUGGAUGCACCCUUAGCCAACAGAGGCACCCAUCAGAUCCAACAAAUGCUUCUGGUUUUAACAGUGUUCAGCAGCACUGUCAGAAAUGGCGAUCUGGAGAAGUCAGCCAAUCAGUUAGCAAUGUCUGUAAUUCAGGUGGAAAUGUGACAGCAAAUCAGCCUUUUAAUCAAAUGUCUGUGCCAUCCCCUGGCAUUUCCAAACAACUGUAUGAUGAUGUGCAUGAAAUGGAAACUUUUUCUUCAGUGGCUGCUUCAAAGCCACUGAGUGAUCCUGCUUCAGUUCAAGAAAGCCAGACGAAUAAUUCGAUGAACGGGCCUGUGAAUUCUCAAAUUUCUUCAGCAACAGCAGAUGGAAGACCAAUUACGAAGGACAGACUAGCUUGGGAAGCUCAAAAGCUGCUCGCUAUUAAAAAAAAAAGUGUCCUGCUUGAAAGGUUGCAUCAUAUUAGAAGAAAACUCUUAACAGCUUCAGAACAUGACAAAAGUACUCCCCCACUUCCUGCAAGUUAUCAAGCUGCUCUUCAUAAUCAUCUUCAAUGGGUGCCCAACCAAAACAUACCACCUUCCCCAUCUGAAACAGUGAGGACAGAGUGUCCAAUACUUAACUCUUCACCCGAAGAAAGAAAUGACAAAAACAUAGCCAACGCUGAUAACAGAUUAGAGCUGACUCAAAAUAACCCUCAAGUGGAGCCAGGAAGCCUUUCACCAAGCUCUGUUCCUAUUCCCUCUCAGAGCAAACUUACAGCUCAGUUAAAUAAUCCUGAGAUCACUCCUGUCUUGGAACAAAGGGAUGCAUCUGCCUUGGCCUCUUCUCAAAAAGCUGCGACAUCCUUGAACAAUGCCUCAGGUUUUAGUCAAGUGAAUAGCUCUACCGAAAGUGCACCAAAGAAUGUGCCAGCUUACCCCAAGAACUCAUCAUUUUUUCAGUUUGUAAUGAGCAGCACAAAUAUAUUGAAAGAGAAGACAGCUGGUGCUACUGCUGAUAAAAUACUGACUAGUCUCCUAUGUAGUGAAAAACCACCGAGAGAUAUGUCUGUCUCAGGUGGAAGCUUACUAAAAGACACUAGUGAGAAGAACGUAGAAACUUUGAAAGGUGAGCAGGCAUUUAUGGUUCACACAAACUCUCCUGCAUCAGAAACAACUGAUUCUGGUGAAGCUAAAUUCCAGAGUGAUGUAGCUCAGAAAAAAACACCGUUUACUGAAGAUACAUCUUUUAAACAGAACAAUUAUAGUUACUCUGUGGAAGAGCUAGCUGCAUGCCUGGGCUUGUGGAGAAAGCAUCCAUCAGGAUCUGGAAGUGUACAAAAUAGCCAGUCAAAUGAAAGCCCCACAGCACGUCAGAUUUCACCUUGCAGCCAAAACACAAAAAACAGAGAACAGAAUAAUGUUGUGGUUAGUACAAAUGAAGCAAUUUUGCCUAUAACUGCUUCUGUAGCACAAAAGCUUGAUACAUUGACUUGCAAUUUGAUAAAAAGUUUUGAACUCCAAGUUGCAGUUGUCUCUCCUUUAGUACUUUCUGAACAGAAAACACAGAGUGAGGAGGCAGACAAAUGUCCAACAUCUGUAGUGAAAACCUCUCCGGUGAUUGACUUGGGAAGCACAUGUAGCUUGCAAGAAAAGGGGAAAAAUGGUUUAAGUGUGGUAAAUACUGAUAAAGGAACAGUAGAAAAUGUUCAGUCAUCACCCACUGGUUGUGUUCUGGUACAGAAAGUGGACUCAGAUUUGCAACAGACAGAAUCAGAUAAUGGAAACAGAAUAGUGAAAAACAGUGUGAGUGCAAAUGAUUCAUAUGACAAAAACCAAAGGAAAGUUAGUCAAUCUGCACAAGAUGCUGGAGAAAAUCUGCAGCUUGGAUUACAAAACAAGCCUUUUCUUCCUGAAUUGGGCAUAAAUUUUUCUAGCCAAAUCUUUCAAGAAGGUAUAAGAGACCAUAAAGACAAGCCACCUGUGUUAGAAACAGGAGAUACAUCCAGAGCUGUGUUGGAAGAACAGAUGUUUUGUAUUUCUAGUGUAUGUUCUCUUGUUGAAGGUGAUACAUUUUAUAAUGCACAAAUAGCAGGUAUCUUCAGGUCAGUCCCUGAGACACGUGCAUUAAAUGGUGCCUCAUCAGAACAAAAUGCAUCUGACCCAAAACAAAAGGAACAACAGCUGGAUUUGAAUAAAAAUGAGCUGAACAAUAACACUCCCCAAAGAGUGACCUUGUUGCAUAAGAUGGAAGAAACAUCAAGCUGCAUGAGUAAAGCAGGUAAGAUUUGCAAUGGUAUCACAACUAGCCAGUUGGGGAAAGAAAGCCGUGGCAAUCCUCUUAAAACAAUUUCUACCUCAGAACAAAAAACGUCAUUCAAUGCAUCUUUCAAGCAUCCUGAAAAUAGCUUGGAAAUUCUUGCUGGUAUGAACCAGCAAUUAGAUCAAAAUUCACUAGAUUUCUCAAUCAGUGUAACUGCUGAAACAGAUGUGUUCACUGUUCCAAGAGACAACAGUAACCAAAACCACAUGUCCAGUAGAAAUAGCACAGAAAAAGAGAUGAAUCUUUUGGGAACAGGACCUGUUAAAUGUCUAAAUAAUCAGCUGUCUGAACUAGUGAAAGAGUUUCCAUAUGGCAUUGAAGGUUCUGAUAUGCUAACAAAAGAACCAGUACGAAACGAUUCUGUGGCUGAGCAGAUGGACAAUCAACCUCAAAAAGAGACUCAAAUUUGUGACAAGAGUUCUCAUUUGAAGGAUCCAGUAGAUCAGAUAAAAAUUGCAGUGUUAAGCUCUGAUCAGAUGGAAGAACUGUUUCCUGAACACAAACAGUGUUCCUCUAGUGACAAGGAGAGAGUAGCAAGUCAACGGUCAGAAGAGGCAUCCGCUGAGGAGAACCUUGAAGGCACUAUGCAGCCUUGUCAGAAUCCAUGUGAGAAGAAAAAAAGAACACAGAAAACUUCCAACCCCAGGAAAAAAAAAGAUUGUUCUUUAAUGAGUUGUCUGUCUGCAGCAUGUAAAAUACCACAGUGCCCAUAUAAAGUUGGAACAUCUGGUUCAGAGAGAAAUGAUCAAUGUGCAAAAGCUGAAAAUACUAGCUCUGCAGAGAGACAAGAAAACAGCAGUAAAUCUGAUGCCGUAGUGAACUGUACAGAAGGAAACCUGAUUUCUGAAAAAAACCCAAACAGUGUUAGCAAAAAUAAAGAAGAUACUUGCAAAUACACCUCUGUGAUGAACAAACAAGCUAGUCUAAAGGUGAAUGAUGAAUACAAACUGGUUGCAACACAACAGGAAAAAAUUGGACCACUUAAUUCCUCUGAAAAUCGGGAUGUUGAUAAAUCUAAAAGGAGCCACUGGAAGGAAGAGCUGCAGGUCGACAGAGGAACCCCACUGAUAGGCAAAGGAUCUCAUUCUGACAAAAAAGAACAUCAGACAGGCUCAGAAGAGUUACCAGAGAAGGCAGGUCAUACAGAUGCAGACAACAUGACAAAGUCAUCCAAAAAGAGAGCUUUAAAAGAAGAGCCCCUUUCAAAAGAUAAAACCAAACCAGGUUUGGUCAUAAAAUCCAAAGCAGAUGUUUGCAAACUUAUGAAGUCAGAAACUGUUGAAAUUAAGCAUGCUGAAGCCAAUCAAGGACAAAAAAGUAAAACCUGUGGAGAGAACUCAGCUGAAGAACAGAACUGGAGGAAACAAAAGGAGAUGCUUGGGCAAGAUGCAGGAAUUAACAUAAAAGAGAAAGCCAAAUUAUCAGCAGAAAUAGAACAUGAAAAGCUGAAUAGUUAUUGUGUUGAUGCUGUAAUGUUCCCAAAUUUUGGCACUGUAGACUUAAAGUCAAGAAACUCCAAAUAUUCUCAGCAUAAAUCUAUGAAAGUUCAUCCUUCACAGGAGCAGUCGUACAAACGGAAGAGGAGGGAAAAUAUGAUUGGGAAGAGAGACCCUAAGAAAACAAAGGUGGAAGAGGAAAGACUGAAACAAUCUGAAGUAAAGAAUUCCAAGCAGCUUUCAUAUAAUUACCUGAUAAAUACUGACAAAGGUAAAAAAUUGAAUGGAGAAAAUGUCUGGAAACCAAAGAGUUCAUUAGCAGAUCGCUCUGUGCUUAAACUACAGAGAAGAAGGGCUCGAUCUUCUAACAUCUCUAAAAACUACUUUUCUAACAAAGAGAGAUGUCUUGAUGCUCAAAACAAAGACAAGUGCUCUGAGAAAAUGUUUCCUGAUAAAAACCUGCUAUAUUUAAAUAGAAGAAAUAGCAGAUUGAAAUUACAUCUUCAAAAGGAACCAAAAAAGCAAUACCUGAACAGAGUCGCAUUUAAACGUAUGGCACAGGAACGCAUAUAUCUGACAAAAUUAGAGACAUCACCUGUCAGACCUGUCCGGCAUAUAAAGCCCAAAGUGUCACAAAAAAGCCCAAGUGUGAAAAGAGGUGCUUCUGUCUCAGAAAUUGAGAAAUCAUGCAAACUGGAAGUACUUGAAUUUAAGCUGUGUCCAGAGAUACUGUUCAGAAAUCCAACCACUGAUGAAGAAAGCUUAUCUGCAAAGAAUUCCCUGGAGAGAGAGAAAGUCAUUGUGGCAGGUGUCAAGAGUAAGAAAGAAGAUUGGUUAAAAUGUGGUCCAGUGAAGCAAAAAAAGCUGGAAGAGAUCUCUACAGACAGCUGCUCAGAGGAAAAUACCUGCAAGGAGCAGCAUUAUGGCUACAAGGAGUACCUACAGGGAACAGCGUAAAAAGCCUGAAGACCAUCUGCUCCAUAGAAGAAGCUGUCUGGAUACGAGCAUAAAUAUCGCAUGUUAACAUCAAACAUGUUGGAGAUCGAGCUGGCUUGGCACAGACCUGCACAGCAGAGGACCAAACGUGGCUGUCUCUGGUCCCGUCUGCUUCACCUGGGGGCAACUCCACCAACUGCAAUAUAAACGGGCAGCUCAGCAGAAGAGCCAACAAGAGAAGCUUUUUGUAGGUAAACCUGCUCUUGCUCCUCAGUGUUUCUGCUCUGCACCUCACGCAACUAACUAUGGCUGAACCUGUUCUGAUGUACAAGUACAACCAAAGCAAAUUUCUUUUCUGGUAAGACCUUAAACAGCUACAGGCAAGACUUAAACAUGCAUGAGUCCCUAAGCCUUAGAUUUUAAAAUGCUGUUAUGACAAAAAGAUACCCUUUAUAGAAAGGGUAUGGGGAAGAGAGCUUGAAUAAAGCACAAAAUUAUGACAUGCUUUAAUAUUUAGUGGUGACUAUAUAUACAAAUAAGGUUUGUUCUAAGGGUUUAAUGGCUCUGUAAACUUUGUUGAUUUUGUGGUAUUAGUGUUGAAAGACAUCUUUAUACUCUGCUAUAACAAAAUAUUCGGGGUAAGUCAGUGCUGUCUCUCACGUAGGCAUAUUUUGAAAAAGCUUCACCUGAUAUAAUGAACAGUAUGAAAGAGAUGUUUAGUAAUGACCGUAUCCUGAGGAUACUUGUACUAGAUUUAUUUGUGAACACUAGUCCCAGAAUGCUUUUGACUUGUAUUAAUUUGUCACUGAGGUGAUAGGUUUUCGUACACAGCGUAAAGAAAGGCUCUCAGGGAAAAAAAAAUGGAGUAAGAUGAGAAGUCCCACUGCUGUCUGGUGGGGAUGCACUCUGUGCUGGGUUGGUGCAAGUGGCUUUCAGCUUUUCUGUGCUCCUGGGGUGUUUUGUUGCAAGGGAGAUAAGAAACUGCAGAGAGUUUUCUGCCGUGUUUUGAUGAGAACCUCACUUACUCCACUGGUCUGUGAGUUGGAAACAGAAGGGUCAAAUGCAUAGUCAACGAUGACUAGAUGUAUGGAUGCUAGAAGUGCAAGUGCUCUUUCUUAUACAGAGCUGGUUAGAGGUCUUCCUAGGAUUUCAGCAGAAUAAAACCCUGUUGUCUUU